AUGUAUCUUGGUUAAAUCCACUUAAACCAUCAGAAAAUUUGUUAAAGAAACGAAAAAUUACUAAAGAUGAAGAGGAAUUGGAAAAAGAAACAACUUCAUCACUAUCCAGUAAUAUGAUUAAACAAAAGUGGAGGUUGAAAUUGCUACUUCUUUACAUACAACAAAAUCACCAUCCAUUUUCUUUUUUAAACAACAACCAAAAAUUAAAAUUGAACCUACUUCAACACAAUCAAUUGGUUUUGAUUAUGUUCUCACACAGAUUAAGCAACUUAUAA